CUUCUCUGCUAAAAAUUGGUAUUAAUAAACAACGGUAGGAAUUUUUCGUGUUUAAAAGCCUAUAUUAUAGAAUACUUUUAUAGAUUGAAUGAUCUGAACUGAUUGCGAACGAGAGCGUAGAGUGAUCGAGAGAGUGGACGAGCGAAUGAGCGAACGAACGGAAGUGCGUGAGCAAACGAGAACGAAGUGUUGGGGUGAAGGUAGCCCUGGUCUUCCCGCAGCGCAUAAUAGAUUGUCGAAGAAAAUUGACCGGUCCGCAUUACGUGCGAACUAUUUGCAUUGGCCCUAGCUACAGUAGUAUGCUCCCGAUUGCAUAUCGUGGGAAACAUUGAAUUUGAGUGGCAACUCUUACUUGCAAAGACGACCAGCGAGCGGCGAUGGCUGUAGAUAUGGGUUAUAACGGUACGGUGCUGGUCGUGGAGGAGGAAGGCGACGAGGCCGUGGAGAUACCGCUGGAAGAAGACGGUACGCUACUGCUAUCGACUUUACAGGCCCAGUUCUAUGGUGCGUGCGGUCUGAAGUACCGUAAUCCGGAUAAUAAAGCGAUACGGGGUGUGCGACUGAGCGACAACAAGCUGCACCCGUUCUCGCCCGAUUCCGGCUGGGGUAACCAUGUGUACAUAUGUGUGUUUCCGAAGGAAAACAAACGCAAGAGCGACGACAAGCUGGAAAACUCGACACCGAAGACGAAGCGGAUCGAAAGUCGGAACCGCACGACGACGGAUUUGAUCGUGCUCGGUUUGCCGUGGAAGACGACCGAGGAGAGUCUGCGCGAGUAUUUCGAGACGUUCGGUGAUCUGCUGGUGGUGCAGAUUAAGAAAGACUCCAAGACUGGCCAAUCGAAGGGAUACGGGUUUAUCCGGUUCGCGCGGUUCGAGAGCCAGAUGAAGGCACUGUCGAAGCGGCACCUGAUCGACAGUCGCUGGUGUGACGUGAAGGUGCCUAGUAGCAAAGAUCAGACGCAGCACCAGAUGCCGAGCAAGAUAUUUUUAGGGCGCCUGACAGAGGACAUCAACUCAGACGAUAUCCGCGACUACUUCAGCAAAUACGGAGAGGUGACGGACGUGUUCAUACCCAAGCCCUUCCGGGCGUUCGCGUUCGUCACGUUCAUCGACCCGCACGUUGCGCAGAGCCUGUGCGGCGAGGAUCAUCUGAUCAAGGGCACCUCGGUGUAUGUGUCAACGGCUUCGCCCCGGCCGGAACACGGUCGACACCACGGCAAGGGCCAGAUGGGAGGAAAUUUUUCCAACUACGAUGAGCGUGGCCGCGGCGGUGGUGGCGUCGGGGGUGGUAGCGGCGGUAACGAGUAUCACCGGGGUGGUGGAGGCGGUCAUGCCGUUGGACCACAUGUACCGGCACCGAACAACAACUAUCAUCAUGGCAGCGGAGGAGGUAGUGAGGGUGGCGGACCCGGUGGGUACAACAAUCUGCAAUCGGGAAGCGGUGGUAGCCAACAGCCUAUCUGGAAUUACAACGAGUACACGGCGCAGAACAGGCAAAACAAUAGCAACAUUGAAUCGAUGCCGAACCUACAGGCACUCGGAAUCAACUCGAGCGGGCCGAACGGGCAGCAGCGGGGUGGAGCCGUAGGUGGAGGUCUACACAGCGGACACCAUGCGGGGAUGGGAAACCAUCUGAGCGGUAGUGGUGGUGCCGGUGGAUCCGCUCCUGGUGGUCCAGGCAACAAUGGAGCGGGUGUGAUUGGCGCCCACGGUGGACCAGCGGCGGGCAAUAUGAAUCUCUACCAGAUGCCAAUCAACCCUGCAAUAAUAGCGGCCGCAUUAAGCCAGUGGAGCUUAAUCGGUAACCAGAUGCACAAUACGGCCCAGGGAGCGGGUGGACCCGGUGGGCCCGGCGGACCAGGAGCUCCCGGUCAGGCGAACGCGAAUGUACCGGGUGGCCCCGCGGGUGGACCACCGGGAGGACCGGGUGGUGCGGCCGGUCCAGGGCCGGGUGCGUCCGAGCAGGAGUACCUGCCCUGGAACGGUACCGGCAAUGGAGCACCAGGCGCUGGUGGACCGGCUGGACGGGUAGACCCGAACCGUCAGUGAAACACCACUGGGGAGCCACAGAAACUCCCUCGACAGUCUUAGUUUAACUAUUACAAGAAAAGUAUCAUAGUACCGGCGAUCCUGACCUGCAAACUCGCCCCCGGUUUUCGAUCUCCCGGAACAUCCGGCAGCCGACUAGAUGAUAAGGUGGAACGAAGAUUGCUAAAGAUGCUGGUGGGGUUGAAAGAGCGAACAAGCGAGCGAGAGAGAGAGAGAGAGAGAGAGAGAGAGAGAGAGAGAGAGAGAGAGAGAGCGAGCGAGCGAGCGAGCGAGCGAGCGAGCGAGCGAGCGAAAGAAGGAACGCACGCGAGAGUCGUGAUGGGGGUGGGUGUGAACAUAAAGGAUGUGAGUCGAGUCGAUGAUGAAUGUGUGCUACGUGAAAAUAAGCGUGAAUAGAAUAGAGUGUGCAUGAUGAGGAUGUGUGGCAGUAGUGUGCAACUUCCCUCGAGCGCGUGUGUGUUUGUAAGCGUUUUGAAAGUAAAUUUACUUUAGUUUUAUAUUUGCCAAACGAUUGGUUCGUUCUUUGGAAUGUGCGAGCAUUCAGAUCGCUAUUCAAACUUAGCUACCGUCGUCUUAAAUUAUAGUAGGCUUGCUGUGUACGCACUGAAGAAGGCUAAAGAAGGUGACAAACAGGCAACAUUUAAAAUAACAGGACACGCACCAUAAUCUAAAGAGGUUCGAACUGCCGGUGGCAAAACGGGCUAUGCUUGAAUGGCAUACCUUCCGAUUAAACAAAAAAAAAAACAAAACCGAUGCCGACGUAUCCGU